UAUACAAGAAUAGGACAUUGAUUCAAGGACGUAACAAAGCUGCGGAUCCUGAACUGCGACGAAACUUUCAUAUUACCUGGUCACUUCCACCGUCGAGGGUUUUUAUCAGUUCAACCAGACUUGGAUUGCACUUGUAAUUCCAACCAUGGAGCUUGCCAGUAGACAGGUCUUGCUGGUAAGCGCUCCAGAUGCGUUCUCCUCCUGGGGGGGUCUGUUCUCUCUGGUCUUUGGUGUGUUUUAUAUGCUUUUCGGCAGUAGACGCAUGUCCCCUUUUGGUAUCAUUCAAAAGUACAUGCUGCGGUCCAGGACGAAGGCGAUGAUCGCAAAUAUAUAUGGCAACUGGAAACGGGAUAGCAGUGGAAACUACUACUGUCGGGAUAGUGAAGGCAUCCCUAGAAUGGAGGAUGGCAUAAAAGGCGGUUCAAGUUAUAUAUCUUUGGGUCGUAGAGCCUCUUCUAGCGCCGAUCUACCAUUACAAGAUCGGCAACAAGUACCACUGCCAUAUUUACCUGGAAACACUGAUAGUAGCGACAGUAGCAAUAUAGUGCUAGAGCAGCAGUAUAUGACUCAGUUCAGUAAUACCAAAGCUGCCUCUGAUGGGAACGCAAAUAAUGUAUACUCCUUGCAGCAGCAAAUUCACCAUGGAGAGUUCUUGGCGCUUCGAGACCAGGUGGAAGCGCACGCAAAAAUCCUUCGACAUCUCCAAGGGCAUGAACAGAGAUUCAAGGACACAGAAACAUUACUCAAAGAGUUUUACCUGGAUAUGGACUUGGUGGACACAAAAGCGCUGGCACAGGAUACAGCUUUAUUGACUUCUACUACUGUGGAAAAUGUGGAUACUACAUCAAAUCAAGGCAAAGAACAGUCUAGCUGGCGCAAGUCCCUAAGUGACGGUUUAUUUAGAACAAAUCAACACCCCGUCUUGACGCGGAACACUAGCGAUGACAGUGAAGAGAGAAUUGCCUUGCGCGAAUCCGGCUUUGCAAUGGGAUUCCACGGCAAUCCUCGGGCUGACUCUCCUAAACACCCAAAUAAUCGGCCGAAUUCAUCGAUGGAGAUGAUACAAUAUGUACAUGAACCGUAAUAGUCCAACCAUUGUAUGGUAAUAAAUUUAAUUCUCUGUCGUAAGAAGUUGGUCCACUAAUCUAAGGAGAUUCGCGAAU